AUGGGGCUCCCUGUUACUAUUAAAGUCAAUUUCCGGGGGAACGUGAAGAGGUUUCUGGCUCAGGAUAUGGAUAAAUUGGAGUGGGAAGCUGUUGAAAUCAAAGCAUCAUUUGGGAUCAACCACUUUCAAGUGAAAUACUUUGAUGAAGACAAUGAAGAGAUUUGCAUAAACAGUCAAGAUGAAUAUGAAGAAGCCAUCAAGAGUGCAGAGAAGCAGGGAAACCAGUUGCACAUGAAUGUGUACAAGAUGAAAGGACAGGCCUGUGGGGGCCCACUGAAGACUGAGGUGAAGGAGCUGAAAGGAGACCUUCGACCCGCUCCUCCUUACCCCUCAAGGGUUAAAACAGUGGACAAAGGCACGCAGGUCACCCCUGAGCGAGAAGCUGUAGCAGUAAAAGAUAACAAGGGGAACAAACCAGAUGAUGAGCCCCCUCCUAUGUGGUUUAGAUCAUACAUGGAGAAGUUUAAGGAUGAGGUGGUAAAGGAGGUAGUAGAAAGAAUGUGCAGCGACUUUUCUGUCCAGUGUUGUACCCACAAAUCCCCUGAAGGUCCCCCUGAGGCAAUUGGGGCUAUUGGCGGUAUUAUGGGACCCAAACCAGGCCCCUCCACCUCGAAUGGAUCCCUUGGCUACACCCCAAACUGCAGCAGCUGCAACAAACUCACCUCUGAAGGAGCCUACAAAUGCAGCGUGUGCCCAUCCUGCAUCCUGUGUGAGAUGUGCAGACAUAGCCAUGACCCUAGCCACAACCUCGUGAGAACCAAGACACCUCUCUCCAUCCCAGAACAUGGAAUGUCAGGAGAGUUAAGGUUCCCAAGGCGAGGAGACAGGACAGUGCGCAAGGCCGAACGACAGCGCCUCAAAGCAGAAAGAAGGCAGCUAAGAGCCGAAGUGAAGGAAAUCAAGAAGAAACUGAGACUGGAGAAGAGGGGGCUGCAGUGGAGUGGGCCCUCUACCUCAGGAAGAGCCACUCUGACAAACAUGGCCUCCACAUCCACCCAGGUCCCUGCCCUGUCCCCUCCUACUGCCUCAGACACAGCCUCAGGUCCAGCCCCAGCCCAAGGUCCCAUCCCUGCCCUGGUCCCUGAACCCCAGGCCUCCAGUCCAGAGUAAGAGCCACCUCGGAAGAGCGUCCGACAGUGCUGGGUACCUUGAACCCAGCAUGGAUGCAAAAAAGUCUUUUUUUCCAAGAAAAGAAAUGAAAAU